AUGUCAAUGCCACUGUUUGAAGCCUGUGAAAAAGGCGAUAUCAAUCGUGUGAAAUCCUUAAUCGAAGGAAAAUGUCAUAUCAAAAGAGUCAAUGAACAAGGUCGUACAGCACUUCAUUAUUGUUGCGACAAUACAACCAUAGAUUGUGCUCGUUUCGUAUUAAAUGAUGAGUUAAUAAAAAAAAAGAUUCUUGAUCUACAAGAUAAAGAAGGUUGUUCAGCACUUCAUUUAGCUUGUAUAAAUGGGAAUCAAGUUAUGGUAAAAUAUCUUUGCGAACAAGGUGCAAAUGUUAAUUUACUUGAUCAUGAAUCUCGUUCUGUUAUACAUUGGAUAGCAGUCUGUGGACAUCUUCAUCUUUUCGAUAUUCUACUUAAAUAUAAAGCACCUGUGCAUACACCUGACAUUCACGGAGCUUUCCCUAUUCAUUAUGCAUCACAAUUGCGUGGUACUUCUGUUGGUACAGAUUCAGCAAUUCAUUCCGACAAAGGUUUGGCUAUUUUACAAAAACUCAUUGAUUGUAAAGUGGAUAUUAAUGGCACCGAUGAACAACAGCGAACACCAUUGAUGUGGGCUGCUAGUGCAGGUGCUGUUGAUGAACUACGUUUACUAUACAAAUAUGGUGCCGAUCAAUUACAUGUCGAUAAAAAUUCCCUAUCUGCACUUCACUGUGCAGCUUGUGGUGGUCACGCUGAUUGUAUUCGAAUGUUAAUAGAAUAUUAUCGAUGUCCAGUAGAAGGCGUAGAUAUCAACGGUUGGACACCAUUAUUUUAUUCUAUUACAAAUAAUCAUCCGAGUAUAUGUCAAUUAUUACUUGAUCUGGCAGCAAAUCCAAAUCAUAAAGAUCAACGGGGUCGAACACCAAGUCAUUGUGCCGUAGCGGAAGGAAAUCUUGAUUGUUUAACAAUUUUAAUGAAGUCUAGUGCAAAUAUAUGGUUGAAAAAUAAACGUGGUGAUUAUCCAAUACAUGAAGCAAUCAAUACUAUUUCAACUAACAAAAGUCGUAAUCAAACAACUAAAACUGAACAGAUUUUCGCUUGUAUUCGAUAUAUUUUUCAAUUAAAUCCAAAUAAAAUUAAUAUUCAAAAUGACGACCGUCGAACUCCUCUUCAUUUAGCAGCCAGUUUAGGCGAAAUCGAGAUAUGUGAAAUUUUAAUUGAAUGCGGAGCAAAAGUCAAUUCGCUUAUACAAACUGUAGCCGAUGAUUAUAUGACUCCAUAUGAUCUUGCACGGUUCAACCACCACGAAGCAUGUGCUAAUUAUCUUAUUUAUAAACAUGGAGGUCAAUAUGGAGCUAAACUCGCAAAUGUUUUCGCUCGACGUAUUCAAAAACAUUAUCAUCAAUAUAAAUUACGAAAAACUAAGCCAACUAUUGAACAUGAAAAAUUGAAUAAUAAGACAAAGAAUAUGUUACACAAGAAAAAACAUAGUUGCCCAGUGAUUGCAAGAGCCAAUUCAAAUAAUAAUUUACUCAAACAAGCAAAAAUCGGUUUAGAUAAGAAAAAUGAGAAUAAUUAUUUGAAAGUUGAUUCAGUAAAUCUAAAUACAGAUGACUCUCUACAAGAUGAAGAUAAUCUACAAGAUCGUCGGCGUCUGUUUAUGAAAUCAAAAGCAACAACAUCAACACAUGACAGUGAUGAUUCAAGAGUGGAUCCAACGAAUAAAAUCAUUAUACAAACAUCGAAUUCCGUUGCAACCUAUAAUAAAUUAUAUGAUCGACGUAAAAUAAUCGUUGAAGAAUUACAUAAAUUAAGACAAGCAAGAAUCAAUAAUAAUUAUAUUGUUAUUAAUCGAUCAUUAUAUAAAAUUCUGAUCGAAAAUGCUUUUAAUCCACAAAAUCGCAGUGCAGAUGAAAUUGAAAAGUAUCUUGAUACAUUAAUAUCAAGUUAUGAUUCAGAACUAGAAGCAAUAAGAAAACGUACCAAUAGUGUACCAACGAAGCAAAGUCGUCGAACAUCACUUAUGUUCUAA